AUGCUGCGUCGCGACCGCUGGUUCUCACGUGGAUGGACAAUGCAGGAGAUUAUCGCUGCGCGAGCCGCGAAUUUCUACGAUCGUGCGUGGUGCCAAUUCGGUACGCGAGAAUCUCUACGCGACAUACUUGCAUAUAUCACGAACAUUGAUGUAGAGGUUUUCACCCCACCUGAGGGCCCGGAUGCCAUGAGUACUCGUGACCUGCUUGAUGCUAUUCCCGUCGGCCGUCGCAUGUCAUGGGCAGCAUCUCGUCAAACGACCAGGCCUGAGGAUAUGGCAUACUGUCUGAUUGGUCUGUUUCAGGUCAACAUGCUAAUGCUCUACGGCGAGGGUGGAGAACAAGCAUUUAUUCGACUCCAAGAGGAAAUUAUACGCGACAGGAAUGAUCUCAGCCUGUUCGCAUGGCGAGCAAAGGAUUCUUCAACGCACCGUGGUAUUCUCGCCCGCAGUCCGGAUGAGCUUGUUGGGCUGAGUAAUCUUCAACUCGAACAGGACAUCAAAUUCAACCCUGACUUUGCCAUGUCUAACAAGGGACUGCGCAUAAAUACAUUCUUAAAGCUUGCUGGAGACAGGUUUCCGGGAGAGGUUAUAAUGCCACUACACUGCUAUACUGAAAAACCCAUGGGUGAGAUUGUGCCGCAAACUGGGGUGUUUCUCAAGCACGAAGGCGCAAGCGUGUAUGUCCGAACAAGGCCCCAGUCGUUCGCGCUACUGACCGAUUCGACGCCCGUCUCAAGCAGCAAUACAAUCUUUAUAUCCAAACGUGUGCGAAGAGCGGCAAACACUGCAGUCCAUGCGAAGCAUCCGAAUGAAAAUGGCAGCAAUCUCGGUGCAAUCUAUUUCGGAACCACAGGCGUCCAGUCCGGACACCAUGUCGUACCCAAGCUGAUUGAAGUCGAGCCCAAAGACCUUUGGGAUGCUCAGAAUAACUGCUUUCUCACACGCGACUUGCGAAACUUGACCGCAUUUCUUCGAUUCCACGUUGUGGGGCUAGUCAACUACCCAGGCGAGUUUGUAGUAGUAUGUGGCUUCCCUGAAAAGAAACCGCCGUGGGUCUUGUUAGCCGAUGCAACGGAGGAGCUGUUUGAGGCCGCGGCAAGCCAUGACUUUCGACGAUUGGCCAAUCUUGGUGCGGCAAGACGAAAUUUGAGGCCUCGGCAACAGUAUUUGUGUGCUCUUAUGGGUAACAGCACCUCACCGGUCAAAUAUGCGUCGGUAAAGCUACAGUGCGAUCAACAAGCACGUAAUAGGGAAACGGCUUUAUCAUUGAAACUCAGCAUCUCCAAGGGUAGCCGAGCGACCGGCUUCUUAUUUGGACACUAA